UCAAAAUGGUUGACGUUACUCAACAUGAGCAUCCACUCCGGCUCAUAGAUUUGCAACCAAAUUUUCCACAUUAUGAAGAAGAUUAUGAUGACGACAGCAAUGAUGAUGACGAAAGUGGUGAUGAAUAUGUAAGUUCAGAGAAAGACUUUCGACGUCGCCAAUGCAAUCGGUGCGAGAAAGAGAUCAAUUGGUUUCAUAGAUACUACUAUGAGUGUAUAACUCAUUCCUGUGACUACUCACUCCAUAAGUUUUGUGGAGAUCUUCCUCUAACAUUAAAACACACAUCACAUCCCGAUCAUACUCUUACCCUUACACAUUAUAAUUCUUUCACGUGGGAUUGUGUUUUAUGUCGAAGAUCUGAUAGAUCUGGGUUCUAUUACGAGUGCUUCGAGUGUGGUUUCAAAAUUCAUGCUAAUUGUGUUACGGCAUCGACUGAAAACCCGCUCAUGUACUACCCUAGCCAUAUCCACCCCUUAGCGGCUAUACUUAAACCAAUCUUGUCGGAUUGCAAUGCUUGUGGAAAAAAACAUAAUGGGGCCUUUUAUAUGUGUACUACCUGCUUUGACUUUUGCAUUCAUAGUGACUGUGCUUUUUUACCAAAAACAUUGAGAAUACAAGAGACUACAGAUAAAAUCUUUUCUCAUAAUCAUCCCCUCAUUCUUUCUUAUUCCUUCCCAAAAGCAGAUCAAGAAGCUAAAUUUUUGCCUAGGUGCAGGGUAUGUAACGAAAAUUUUACUAAUGAGAACCUUUGGAUUUAUAAAUGCGAUAAAUGCAGGUACUAUACUCAUUUGGAUUGCGCAAUAUCAAGAGAAGAGCCAUUCAUGUCCAUCAUCUCAUCUUCCGGAAAUAGACUCGAAAAGAAUCAUAUAGAGUAUGAUUAUUCAGAUCUCAUCCAUCUCCCAUUUCCGGAUGAAAGUUACACCAUGCUAAAACACCUAUAUUUUAAAGAAAAGGGCUAUGGAACGUUAUUAACGAAUGAGAAUAACUUACGCAAUUUCCAUCAACACCCCCUUACUCUAGUCCAUACAUCAGAGUGCAAUGAUAUCUCAAAGCCAUCCUCCUCAAGAACCAAUAAUGUUGUAUCUUGUCAUAACCCAAUGAAGAAAAUUGAACUGUUAUGCAAUGGAUGUGUUAGACCGAUCACAAGUAUGCCAUUUUACAAGUGCGCGAAUGAAGAUGAGAAGUGCAACUUUGUUCUUCAUGAGUGGUGCACUCGAGUUCCUAUAGAAUUGAAAGAUUAUCAGGAUCACCCACAACAUACACUCGUUUUCCACCCAAACGUCCCUGAUAAGUCUUUCUCCAUAUUUUUUUGUGAUGUUUGUGGAUUUCCGUGUAAUGGAUUUGCCUAUAGUUGUUUAGGAUGUGACUACCAUAUAGAUGUUAAAUGUGGGUUCAUUCCUGAAAAAAUAACACAUAAAGCUCAUCCUGGUCAUAUCCUAUCAAGGGUUCAUCAACAAAAUCAUUCCCCAAAGUUUUGCCGUCUAUGUGUACUAAUAAAUAAUAAUGGUGAUCCAUUUUCAUUCCUCUGUUACGCUUGUAACGUAUAUGUACAUGUCAACUGUGCUUUGUUAUUGCCACGUGAAAUAAGGCACAAGUGUGACAAACACCCUCUGAGCCUGAGUUACUUCCCAGUUGAAAAUCAUAAAGGUGAAUACUAUUGUGAAGUUUGUGAGGAGGAUUUUGAUCCGGAGCAAUGUUUCUACCAUUGUUACAAGUGUGUCCAAUCAAUUCAUUCGCCUUGUGCACCGCUAAUAGUUGAGUUUGAAAGAGCUAGAUAUAACAUAAAUUAUUAUGUAAUUUAUGAGUUUGUUAAUGUAAAGUUUGGAGGUAUUCACAAUGUUGAAGGUCACCGACACCCUCUCUUGUUCGCUCAAGGAAUUAACGACGAUGGUCGAUGCGUGAAGUGUAAUGCUAGGUUGGAAUAUAAAAUGAUCUUCAAAUGUCAACAAUGUAAGUUUGCGGUUGAUCUGGAUUGUUGCCGGCGAUUGAGCAAUUGAUAAGCUUGUUGAUCUAUCUCCAUCAACUCGAUCAACCUAACGGUUCAAACAGUCAGGAUUUAUAUUUAUAAAUAAAUGUAACAUUUCUUUGUUAUUUGUUUCUUUAAAAAUAAUUUGGAUUUAAUGCA